AGUUCCUGGCGUUACUCAGCAAUAUCUAGGAGUUGCUUUUUCAUUCGGAGAGAAAAAGAAGAGAGAGAGAGAGAGAGAGAGAGAGAGAAAGAUGGAGAAGAAGUUAAAAGGUUUGAGCCAUCUGUUCGUGACGGUUUUCCUGUCAGGUUUUGCAAGCUUCAUUGUGGUUCCGGCCAUUACCGACGUUACCAUGUUCGCCCUUUGCCCUGGUACUGAUGAAUGCUCCCUCGCCAUUUACGUCUCUGGUUUCCAACAAGCUGUCAUAGGACUAGGAACCGCCUUGAUGAUGCCACUUAUUGGGAAUCUGUCCGAUCAGUAUGGAAGAAAAGCUCUGCUGACGUUACCUAUGACUUUACCCAUUAUUCCCCUCGCUAUAUUGGCAUGCAGCAGAACAACCAAUUAUUUUUAUGCCUACUAUGCCCUCAGGACUCUCACUGCCAUGGUCUGUGAAGGCAGCAUUAACUGCCUUGCUCUUGCUUAUUUGGCAGACAACAUUUCAGAUGGCCAACGGGCAUCUGCAUUUGGAAUUCUUUCAGGCAUAAGCUCAGCUGCAUUUGUCUGUGCAACCUUAGCAGCUCGUUUCCUCUCCACUGGUUCCACAUUUCAGGUAGCUACAUUUGUAUCAAUGCUUGCAGUAGUGUACAUGAGAAUAUUCCUUGAGGAAAGUAUACCCGAUCAAGUUGAUGGUAUGACACAACCAAUCUUGAAAGAAGGGGAAGACGUCAUUCAAAAGGAUGUUAAUGCACCUGAAAGGACAACAGUAUUCAAGAAAAUUCCAUCCUUGGGGGAUAUUAUUUGCUUGUUGAAGAGCAGUCCAUCAUUUUCCCAAGCUGCAGUUGUUGCUUUCUUCAAUAGUCUUGCAGAGGGUGGGAUGAUAUCUUCAUCAAUGUACUAUUUGAAGGCGCGGUUCCACUUUAACAAGAAUCAGUUUGCUGAUUUGAUGCUAAUUGCUGGAAUUGUAGCAACCAUUUCACAGUUGUUUAUCAUGCCCUUAUUAGUAUCUCCCAUAGGAGACGGACGGUUGCUUUCAAUAGGACUCUUAGUCACCUUUGUAAAUGCCAUUCUUUACAGCAUAGCCUGGUCAGCUUGGGUCCCGUAUGCAGCUACUGCAUUGUCUAUUGUGAUGGUCUUUGCGCCACCAUCUUUACGCAGUAUUGUAUCAAAACAAACUGGCGCUAGAGAGCAGGGGAAGGCUCAAGGAUGCAUCUCAGGCGUGAGUUCCUUGGCUAACAUCAUUGCUCCAUUAAUUUUUAGUCCUCUGACAGAUGAUAGCCUUCGUUCAGAGUUUGACGAUUAGGAGUGCUCCUUCAACUUCAAGUGACAAAAACAGCAGUAACGCCAUGGAGGUUUAGUUACGAGGGUGUUUUGAAUGAUACACACUAAUUAUCGAAGGUGAAAGUCUCUUCCCUUCAUUAUCGAUGGAGCAUUUCAUGGAAAGUUCCAUUUAUGCAAGACAGAAGAAAGCUAUUGAAAGAUAUUGUUACAAUUAAAUUCACUCAGUCUCUAAAUAUGUAGCAAAACUGAUAUGACGUUGGUCACUCAGAUUAGUUCACCCAUGGAAGGCAAGAUUAACUAUGAGACAUAGACAGAUGUGGGUUUUCUCGGUGAAACAAUUCUCACAAACCUACCAAAUUAUUACUCCUAAAUGCAUCUAUAAUUUCAUUUGGAUGA